AUGGCGGACUGCUGCAUGAAGGGGCUUCGACAGGACGGCUUGAGCUCCGAAGACUUGAUAGUACCGGCCAAAUUCAUUUCGCCCGCAUGUCGACGGAGAUGGUGGUUCCUCGUCAGGGUUGUCGUCUCCAUUUUGUCUCUCGGCUACUACCUUCCCGGCCUCCAUGAGAUAAACCCCUCGAAGAGUGGGAGUUAAAUCGUCAGAUGUAACAAGUUUAGUCCAUGACUGACCAACAGCUCUUUCGAGCUUGUCUUUGGUGAUGAUCUCUUUUAGUUUCUUGAGGGAGUCAAUCAGAGCUAAUCCUGUUGGUAGCUGUGCAAGUUGCGGUAGGCAUUGUUCAAUGGUGAGUCCUGUUGAUGCCUGCACUGACUUGGAGAACACUAAUGCUUGCCCUGCCACAAAAGCCGAUUCUCGAAUGAGAACACUGCUUGUAAUUCCAAGCCUCCCUUCACGUAUGGGCAGGUGCACCUGUGCCCGAGCUGAAUCUUUGAAAAAGUCGACCUCACUCUUCUCUGGGUUUGCGCGUACCUCUUCCACGGUUGGAAUUCCCACAGUGUUUGCCAUUUUGCCGAGAACGAUCUUGCUUACUGCCCAUAUCAUCAGGUUGUCAUGUUCUCUUGCGGCAGUGUUGGUAAUGCUCGGUGCAAUCGUUCUCAGCAGAUGAAACAAGCGUGGAACGCCAGACAAACGUAGCAGUUGGUAGCUCGCUUGCGGGUCGUCAAGUGUGGAAAGGCGGCGUAUCAACUCAGCAGGGUUACCGCGGGCGAAGUUGGUGACGAA